UUCAAAGAAAUGGCUCCAAUUUACAGUUCUGUACGAAAAAAACUGAACUCAUUUCGUUGUAAGAUGAAACGAAAUGAGGCUCCAAUCCCAACAAGAUUAAAGCUUCAUCUGAGAGAAAGAGAGAGAGAGAGUGUGUGUCCUUCUUAGUUAUGAAGUUAGGUCUGAAGCUUUGUGUAGCACUGUGGUUUCUUCCUUCUUUGUGGUUUCUGCGAAUUUGAGCUCUUCGAAAGUUUCCAUCGGCUCCUCGCAUUAUUACUCACACAGUUUGAUAAAAGUUCCAUGGAUUUAUAGUUGGAAUUUACUUCAUCAAAUUACUAUAAAAUCUGAAGCAGGCCUCAUUCCCUCAUUCAAGCCACACACAAUCAUCCAAAGUUGGAAAAGAUCUCGAGCUACAGAUGGCUUGCUCAGACAUAUUUGUGCUUGUUCAUCCCAAUGGAUAUAUAAAAGACACUGUAGGUGGUGCAACCUUUGAAAGUUGGGAUCCUUUUUUGAUGAAUGUUGAUACUGAUCAUCAAGAUUCUCUACUUGAGUUGAAGAAUCUGAUAUUGGCGAACAUGGGUGAACUUGGAAGAAAGAAGAUAUCUCAUAUGGCAUAUAAGUUGCAUGGUAUAAUAGGUCCCCAAUUAUCUGACAGUCGGGUUAUUUGGCUCACCUCUGACGAAGACAUUCACUUGAUGUUUGAUUUCCAUGUCUCAAAUCGUGAGCUACGGUGCAUAGAGUUGUACAUUAAAGUUGAAGACGUGAUUAGUUCAGCCAGUUUGAAAGCCAAUCCGCAAGUUGUUCAAUCGGACAAGAUUGGUAGAGGACCAAAGAGAGUACAAUCACCAGUGACAUCCCCAAGUUUUGUGUUCCCCAAUCGUGUUGAAAAUGUGAAAGUUGAUGGAAAAAGAACCAAUGUUUGUGCAAGCCCAGCUAACAUGGCAUCAAGAGGUGUUGCAGUGGACAAACUCUCCCUUCCACCCAAGACUGGGAAUAUUGGGGGUGCCUGCAGUGUCUUUCCACCUCCAACUUCAAAGAAGUCUGCAUUUGUGGACAUGGGUGCUGAUCUAGGACUUGAUCUAGGACUUUCACCUCCGCCAAAAAUGCAAAAAAUGGUGUAUGGCAAAGGCAAGCCGGUUGAAAAUGGUGUACUGAUCCCCGACAUUGAGGAGUCCAAUGUGUACUCCAAAUCUUUUCAAAACCAAAAUAUGUGCCGCAACUUGGAGCCACCUAUCACCUCCAAAUCUCAGAUGGUGCUAGAAGGCCGAGUUAAGGAAUUGGAGAUCCGCCUUGAGUCAAAGGAAAAUGAGAGAGCUGCCUUAGAGGAAUUGAAGGUUACUUUAACCGCCAAGAUUAGUAAUCUGGAAAACAAGCUGAAGGAGGCUGAUAAGGAGAAGAGGGCUCAGUUAAGGAAGGAGAAAACAGCAUCAAAGGGGAUAAUUGAGCCGUUGGAGGCAGAGGUCAAACAUCUAAGAUGUUCCGUCCUUGAAGCAGAGGAGAGAGCACACAGAAACAUCAUGGAGCAAGUGUGUCUUCUGGCUCCGGGUAUUGACUUUUCGCGUGUUCACCCUGAUAAUCGAGUUGUCAAUGGAGAGAUUGUAAAUCCUAAGAAGGAUAGUGCACCCCAAGUUACCUAUGUUAUGGAAUUUGGAUGCAAACGUCCAACACAUCCAAUGUUGCGUCCAUGAAGCAAAGGAGAGAUCACAUGGUAACAUCAUGGAACAAGAAUGGUAGUGAAUCCCAAGUUCGUUUUGUUGGCAAGCACUCAGGUGCAACGCUAAUUGCAUAGGCAAACUGCAAACACUUCAUGCUACAAUAGGAUAAUUUCGUUGGUUAUGUAUUAACUUUAUUUUUGAAAUUUUAAAUAUGACGCUCACUGCAAGGUGUAAAAUUAAAGUGAAUAUUACAUAUAUUUUUUUGGUGCCCAACU